AUGGCUGCCCAGCACUAUUACUACCAGCCAACAAUGGCCAUGAACGUGCCAUCAAAAGCUCCAGCUCCAGCUGGUCUUUACCCAGUCGGCCGUGUUGCAGCUCCCCCGUCAGAAUUCUCUGACGCCAGCACAACCGCCGGCAGUCGAACAACCGCAGGGUACAGCGUACCCUCGAGCGGCUAUGCCGGCAGUAUCGGCGAUUACGAUUCCAGCGCUAUGUCUGGCGUCGAUGUUGUUGAUAUGUUGAACGACCGAGUGCACGAUACUUUCGACCCAACCCGGCUGGAUCGAGGAUUGGUCACGCAAGCACAGACUUCCGGCCACCUCAACGCCAAACAGCAAGAGCUGCUGGAACUGCAGGCGCUUGCUCAGCGGCGCUUGAAAGGCGUUCGCGCCAAUUUCAACGAGGGUCUGAAAGCAGCGAAGGAGACGAAGAGAGAUCUUGAAUGGACGCAGAAGCGCGUGAGUGCCCUCAAAGUGAAGGCCGAGAAGGCCCAUCCCGACGAGUAUCGCCGUGCCACGAAGAAGUACACCUACGACGACGAGUACUGA